AUGGAGGUAGCAGCAGCAGCCGCAGAAGCAACAGCUUGCAACGCUGCUCUAGCAGCGGUACCCAAGGGCCCCCCCCGGGUUCACAGCUGGUGGGGAAGGGGCCCUCAAUACAUACCACCUUGCCAUCCCCUCAACCUUCAGUUGAAGGGGCACCUUGGGGGGCCCAGUGAUGGGGCCAUUGGGGGGCCCCCAGAGGGGCCCCCCUGGGGAGAUGUUAAGGAGUUAGAUAUCCCAGCAGUUGGCUUUGAGAGGCCAGUCUUCGUGACUACCCGUCCUGUUGCUGCUGCUGCUGCUGCUGCUGUCCCACCUGCUGCUACUUGUUCUGCUGCUGCUUCUAGUGAAUCUACAGCAGCAGCAGCAGUAGCAGAAGCAGCAGCAGCAGCAGAGUUAGAUAAAGGUGUUUUUGUGGAGGGGGCCCCCCGGGUGGAAAAGGGUUUACCUAAGGAGGGGCCCUGGAGCUUUAGAGAGCUGCAGCAGCACUUAGAGCAACAACGAGAAGAAUGUUUGUUGCUGCUGAAGGCUGCAGCAGCACCACCUGGUUUAGUUAAGGAUAACAGGCGUGGCAGAAGCUCGCCUACAACAGCAGCACCAGAAGCAACAGCAGCAACAGCAGCAACAGCAGCAGCAAGGGAUUGGUGGCUGCUGCGUAUGUGUCUCCAUUACCAGACAUCAAUGGUCCCCUUAUGUGUCCCUUUGUCUCUUUAUAGAGACACAUACCGUAGUCUCCUCUUCCCUCCUGCAGCAAAGGCAAACAGAGGGCAACGAACUGCAGCAGCAGCUGCUGCUGCAGCAGCAGCUGCUGCUGCUGCUUCUGGUGAAGGUGACAGCUCGCGAUGCUGCUGCUGCAGCAGCGAAGAAGCAUACAGCGGGGCAGACGACCCAGAUACCGACACAUGCAGCAGCAGCAGUAGCAGCAACUGCAGCAACUGCAUCAACAACCGUUGGGACGGCACCACAGCGAUCCCUAGCAGCAGCAGCAGCAGCAGCAGUAGCAGCCGCUGCAGCAUAUGCAGUACCUGCAUAGAGAGGCGUAAGGCACGAGAAGGGCGAAGCUCUCGUCGUAUUUUGUCUCUUCCUGCUGCCUUCGUAUUCUUCAACCAGGAGGGGGCCCCUAAAGGGGCCCCCCACGACUACCAUCAGGGGCCCCAGGAAGGGGCCCCUAAGAGGGCCCCUGAGGAGUCCCGUGAGGAGUACUCUUACGAGACCCCUCAGGACGACCAGCAGGGGGCCCCUAGGGGGCCCCCAGGGGGCCCCCUGAGUGUGUUAGAGGAGGGGUGUAGGGACGGACAACCUGUCCCCUUCCCCCUCUCCUUUGGGGGCCCCUGUGCCACGUCUAAGGGGCCCCCUCCCCACCAGUACACCUAUACAUACACCUUAGGAGAGGGGGCCCCUCUCUGCCUAGCAGCAGAUCUUUGCCUUCGUACCCUUGACCUGAGGGGGGCCCCCUUUGACUUGUUUGUUCCUCCUCUUUGGGGUUCGGGUACCCUGGAUGGCGGGGGACCCCUUGAGGGGGGCCUCCAUGGGGGCCCCCAUGGGGGACCCCAUAGGGGCCCCCAAGCAAGCAGCGGUGCCUCUGCUCUUAGCUCGCCCCUGCUUCUUGGGAAGCCCCUUUAUUUUAAGGGACUAAAGGUUAUCUCUGUCUCCCCGCCGCAUGCAAGCAGCAGCAGCAGCAGCAGCAGCACCAACACCAGCAGCAGCAGCAACAACAACAACAACAGCAGCAGCAGCAGCAGCAGCAGUUUAUUGGAGAGUCAGCUACUAAGGAAGGAGGCGAAUGCAAAGUUUGCGAAGGGGAAGAUACAUGCAGCUCUCCGACUGUACAGGCGUGCUUUGCUGCUGUCUCCUAACAGCAGCAAAGCAGCACAUCGUAAGGCAAGGGCCCUUAUUGGCCUCCAUAGGUACAAGGAAGCAGCAGAUAUCUGUCUCCUUGCUGCAGCACAGCAGCAAGAAGAGACACCAGAGGCAGCAGCAACAGCAGCAGCUUUUCGUAAUCUUUUAAACAAGCUGCAACACAAAAGAGCUGUAUGGCAGCAGCAGCAGCAGCAGCAGCAGCAGCAGCAGCAGCAGCAGCAGCAGCAGCAAGAGCAGCAAGCGCGGCAACAAAGCGGCACGACGACCAUACAACAGCAGCAGGAGCUGCAGCAGGAGCUGCAGCAGGAGCUGCAGCAAACCUAG